AUGGAAAAUUAAAAAGAAAGGAUUUGGCUUAGAUUAAAAUUAGAUUUGCUUCCUUGCAUAGCCUAAGAAGUUGACAGAAUAUCUUUAGAUUAUAUGGAGUCAGUUGAGAAAGUUAGAGCAGGUGAUAGACUUGAAUACAAAAAUCUUGUUUUAAAAUAAGCAAAUAUAAGAACAAGAAUUGAAGAAUUUGAAAAAUUUUAUGAUAAAUUUUAUGCAGAUUAUAGGAUAGGAUACUUUGAAAAGCUAAAAUUAAGAUUAAGGAAAUUGCUUAGUCCUCACAUAGAUGUGAAUAAAAUGAUAUAUUUGGAAACUUAAGGUAUCAGAAAGGCAGAAAUAAUGUAAAGAAGAGCUUAAUCUAAAGAGAGAGAUUCUUUAAGUCCAAACAGAAAUAAUGAUGAUAGCGUUUCCUCUAAACCUAGCUUUAUAACAUAAUAAAAAUUAAAUGGAAGCAGCUCUUCUGCUUAGUAAAGCAACUUAUUGAAUUUAUAAUAAUAAGCAAAGUAAAUGUAUUAAAAAAAGAUUCAAGCAAAUUCUUAAUAAUAAGCUUUUAUGUAAUUGCAAGAACCAAAUGAAUCUCAAACCUUUGAGGAAAUGCAAAAAACUUAGCAGAGUUUUAGCAAUAACUUGAAAAAUAAUCAAAAAUAUGAACAAGCACAAUAAGCUAUUUCCCCUUAAAGAAUAGAUUAAAUUAUUUAAAAACCUUAAAUUAAGUCAAAAGCAACAAGAAUUCAAAAUACUAGUAAGUCUCCUACCCCAGUAUCCAAAAUAAAUCAAGCAAAUGCAAACAAAAAUACAGUAAAUAAUCAGCCUAAAACUUAAUCAUCAUCUAACUUCACAGCUGCUUCUUAAAAAAAUGGUACUGCUCAAUAGAAAGUUUAAGAUCCAUAACAAAAUUAAAAGACCAGUGUUGAUGAGCUAGUUUUCACAAUAAGAAUGACAAAAGAAGAUUACUUGAAAUACUUAUAGUAAAAAUCUUAAAAAAAUAAAUGA